UGACCUACUAACACACAUCUCUCGGCGCGGCCACGGCGCCGCGGACCCGGCGCGCCGCCUGCCUCCCGCGCCGCGCCCUCGCCGCCGCCCGCCGCGGGCCCGGAGGCUCUGCCCGGCCCGAACCAGCGCCGCCCGCCUGUUCCCGGUGCCUCUGUCUUCUCCGCGCCGCCCGAGAGCAGAAACACGAUAACCAGAAGACCCUACUCUCUUCAAUAAAAGGAGCCAUCACAUUUAUCCCAGAAAACAGAACCAGGGAGGACUGUUGAUGGAUUUUAAAAGCGCUUGAGAAUCCCGAGAUACUAACUUGUUCUCCUCUGCUGUAUAUGUCCGUAGGAUAAGGCUGCUUCUGAUGCAGCUGAGAAAGAUGCAAGCCAUCAAAAAGGAGCAGGCAUCUUUCGAUGGUCCGGGCAGCGCGGACAAGAUGAUGGUGCUGACCUCGGCCUUACCCGAGGUGCCCGAGGACCUGUCCACGGCCGAAGAGCUGCUUCUGGGUGAAGGAAGUGUGGGCAAAAACAAAUCUUCUGCCUGCCGGAGGAAACGGGAAUUCAUUCCCGACGAGAAGAAGGAUGCUAUGUACUGGGAGAAGCGGCGGAAAAACAAUGAAGCUGCCAAACGUUCUCGGGAAAAGCGCAGACUGAAUGACCUGGUUUUAGAGAACAAACUAAUUGCACUGGGAGAAGAAAACGCCACUUUAAAAGCUGAACUGCUUUCCCUGAAAUUAAAGUUUGGUUUAAUUAGUUCCACGGCAUAUGCUCAGGAGAUUCAGAAACUCAAUAGCGCCACAGUUGUGUACUUUCAGGACUACCAGCCAGCCAAGGCCACGUCCGCCAGUGCAUUCACGGAUGAGCAUGAACCGGGGCUGGUGGCAGGCAGCUGCAUCUCUGUCAUCAAGCACUCCCCGCAGAGCUCGGUGUCUGACGUGUCCGAGGCAUCCUCAGGGGAGCAUACCCGGGAGAGCCCCAUGCCGGGCAGCUGCCGAAGUCCCGAGGGCAAGUUCCAGGUCAUCAAGCAGGAGCCGGUAGAGCUGGAGUCCUUCCCGCGGGAGCCGAGGGAUGACCGGGGCUCCUAUGCAGCCUCCAUCUACCAGAACUACGUGGGGAGCUCUUUCACCAGCUAUUCACAUUCUCCACCUCUCCUGCAAGUCACGAGGUCCUCCAGCAGCUCCCCAAGAACCUCUGAGACCGACGACGGGGUGGUGGGGAAGUCCUCUGAUGGGGAGGACGAGCAGCAGGUUCCCAAGGGCCCCAUCCACUCCCCUGUGGAGCUCAAACGUGUGCACGCCACAGUGGUGAAAGUCCCUGAGGUGAACUCCUCUGCCUUGCCGCACAAGCUCCGGAUCAAAGCCAAAGCUAUGCAGAUCAAAGUGGAAGCCUUUGAUAACGAGUUCGAGGCCACACAAAAACUCUCCUCCCCCAUUGACAUGACAUCUAAGAGACACUUUGAACUCGGAAGCCAUAACACUGCGAGCGUGGUCCAUUCUCCCCUCCCUCCUUUCUCAGUGCAGGUGACAAGCAUUCAAGAUUGGUCCCUCAAAUCGGAACACUGGCACCCAAAAGACCUGAGCAGCAAGACUCAGAACAGUUUCAAAACUGGAGUAGUGGAGAUUAAAGACAGUGGGUACAAAGUUUCCGACUCAGAGAACUUGUACUUGAAGCAAGGGAUCGCAAACUUGUCCACAGAGGUUGUCUCACUUAAGAGACUUAUAGCCACACAGCCAAUCUCUGCUUCCAACUCCGGGUAGAGGAUGGCUGCGUCAGAUCUGGGCAUUGAGAAAGAUGUCAUUUGCAAUAGAUGAGUACGUUUUGUACGUUUCCACUGGACUGUGAUGUCGUUUCACUGUACGUGCACAUGUUGUCCCUUCGGCAUCCAUGUGCACAGAUGAUGCGGUUAGCUGUGUCCGCGCUCUGCCUUGUGCAUAGUCAGAUAGUCCACGCAAAGGCUGUACAUACCGAACAUUAUUUUUGUUGUUCUGUUAUAAAGUGUGUAAGUUACCAGUAUCAAUAAAGGAUUGGUGACAGACACAGAA